AUGAGCAAUCAGAGAACUGGAACAGCCACAUUCCAACAAGAUAUUUACGAAUUUGUAAGUUUUGUCUUGUAUUUUUCGUUUUUAGGUAAUAAGUUUGACAAGAUUUUGUUUUGGAGAAACUUGACUUUUUCAUCAAUAUGGGGUCAAGUCUUUUGCUGAAAUAGACUGUCUUUAUAUUUUGGAUAAGUAGCUACUAGUAAUUUAAAAUUAUUUGAACAGUACGUAAAUAUGUUUGUAAAAUAAAAAUAUAUUAUAAUGGAUAAUUAUGGUAAACAUUAUAAUUUAAAAUUUCAAUUUUGCGCCGUUUUUAAUACCUAAACUUGAAGCUUUAAGCUAAAACAGUGUAUAAAACCUGUAUUCUUGUUUCAGUUGUGUGUGUUUCAUCGUAUUCGGAAAUUGGCCCCAAAAGAAGCCACAUCCCCAGCCAACCAGCACUCGAGCGAUGAGAAGGUGAACAAUGAACAACGAGGUCAGCAGCUCAACCGAUCGUUGUACAAGAUCUUGAAUGAGAUCGAAGGACGGAUCGUGAUCUUACCAUCAUCAGCUGAAGCACCAACGGCCGACUACUUUGAUGAAUGGGCUUUCUUGACCUGGACCUUGUUGUCUAUCAUCAACAGACUGGAAAAGGAAUCAGAAGAGUUGUCAACGUAUUUGGAUUAUGGUGGAAAGCACUUUCAGGUAUAUUUUAAUAUUAUUUCUGGGGACCUUUACUUUUUCUUUGUUAUUUUUUGCUGACUUGUCUUAAGAGAACAUUAAUAUUCUUUUAAAACUCUAUUUAUGUUUUAGGAGAAGAUCCACGCAGCUCUGGUUGACUUGGUCAACAAAGCUCAACGAAUGCAACCUCCCGUUGGGGUUUCUAAAGCAGAUAGCAAUUUUGAUAGGUUUUACCAAGCAUACGUGUCGUCCUUGAUAUCUUUGCAUGACCUAUACACGAUGUGUCAAGAGAAGUAUGUGACGCCGGAGUUUGAAGCACAGAUAACAUUGUUCAAGGACCAGCUGACGAAUUGUUUCCAAUUACAACGAGAAUUCUGUAACGCGGUAAGUGGCGAAAGUUUGGUAGAUUAAAAUAUUUUUUGAUGUUAGUAUUAGUUAUCUUGUUAAUUAGGGUUUUUUUUGUAAUAAUCAGGACUGUUUAUAAUAUUUUAUGUGUUUUUUACUGUUUAAAGACAAUAAAAAGGUUGUAUAGUGUGUAUUUGAUAUUAAAAUUGAUGCUUUUAGCACGGAUAUUACGUUUGGAACCAACUAAGGACCACCCAGAUCCAGAAGAUGACCAGAUUUGGCUUUAAUAACAAAGGGUUCUUGAGUGUAGCUAUGUCGUUUUACAGCCACAUGUUGUACAAUCUUGGUGUGCUUGCCGCAAGGUUACAAGUUACUCUGGUAAGUUUUUAUAUUUAAUUUAACAUUGUUUUAACGCACUUGUCAGAUUCUAAAAUAUUUUUAAAUUUUAAUUAUUAAAGUUUUUAAAGCGAAUAUUAAUAACGUAUUUUAGGGAUUCUGUUACGGAGCCAGAGCAGCAAAAGGAGUUGCGAAACCAGAACUGAUAGCACCGCUGUUAAAAAUGGUGUACAACAUGGUGGAGAUGUUACUCAGCGACUCGAUAAUUUGUAUAGAACCGAGUCAAAAUGCCAUUUUGGUGACUAACAACCUGUUUCCUACCAAGAUUGCUUCACUGUGUAGAUGCACUUUGUUCAAGGAGUACUCGCUUCAAAUUGUGAGCGAGGAAGGUAAGUUUGGUGAUUUUUUAAAAAUUGCCAUUUUUACUUUGUAGUGACCUAUAAUGUUUCAAAUUUUGUAAUUUUUUUAGUUACUUUACUUAAAUUUUACGAUAUUUUCAGUAGCUCAACAGAUUCAACAAGAAAUGCGACAUCGAAAAACCUUUGAUCCACCAGUAGCCAUUCGUCAAACCCCGUCGGCCGCACUUCUGGCUAUGAAGCCUUCAAGCGGUGUGAAAAGAAACAACGCUACAGCAUCAGACGGCGGUGGCAACACAGCUCACAAGAAGAGCGAUGUCAACUCGAAAGAGUGGAUUUCAAUUCUACCUUCUUUCGACCCAGAGUACCAGUCCUGGAUUGCCACCUACCCCCAUUUACUGUGCACGACGCGACAGAAAGACGCGCUACUGGACUCCCGAUCUGCUGGUCAGACUGGGAAGCGGCCGUUGUUCUAUUUCCAUGUUAAGGCCGAAAUGUUCAGUUUCACCGGAGGCAUUCAAACCGCCCACACACUGUCACUACCGUUUGCCAUUGCUACACGAAGGAAUCAGGACUGCCAGGUGCAGCGGAUGAUGAGCUCGUACACGGCAACAUGCUUUUGGAUGUACGGCACGGCCGCGUUGGAUGGGUUACUGCUACAGUGGUACGAUAACACGAUCGAUUGGAAGACCUUCAGAGAUUUGUACGCACAGUACUUUUCGAUGAAUGCUGAGGUUAAUAGAAGUCUCACGGACGAUGAUUUCGUGAUAUUAAAGAACAAGAUGCACUGUUCCGAGUGCAAUGAAGGUAUGUUUUGGCUUUGCUUCUUUAAGAUAUUGUAAAAUAUUAUAGUAGGUACUUCUUACAGUUUUGAUUUGAAGCGUUAUAAAAGCUUAAAUAAAUGAGUAAAAACAAUUAUUUUUCAAUUUUUGCAGGUAACAGUCCUUACAACGCUUUCGAAGUGCCUCCAAUAGCCUUCCGCAACGUUUUAUGUCCCCAUCUCCAUUAUACAGUAGGCAAAACGGAUGUCAAAUUCAGUGUUUGGAGAGGAAUGUUAGAGUUGUUGCAUCUGUUCAGUGAUCAACGAACCGAAAUCAAGUCAUUGUGGGAGGCUGGACUUCUCAGCGGCUUCAUGGAGCGACAAAAGAUUGCCUUACAACUGUCACGGAUCGAUUCUGGACUGAUAAUGUAUCUGUCGUUUGUGAUGGGUGGAUGUGUAUGUUUCGCUGUGAAAUCUGGAGCCGAGAUUCUGCAUUUGGAGCCAUUGGAUCUGAAGAAGUUACAGGUAAGACUAUAUUAUGAUUGGUUGAUCUUUUAUCGCCGUUUUUUCUAAAAAUGUGAUGUGUUUUGAUUGUUUUAACUUAACGUUUAACCUUUAGGCAAAGUCUCUUCACGAGUACCUUCGUGACAUCCUAAUUGCCGAAAAGGUUGAGUACAUGUACACAGCAAAUCAAGGGUGGAUGUCGGUAUCAGAUGCCAUGAAAGAGUGCCCCAAGUCUUCGGAUCUUUUCUCCCAGGCUCAGCCGACUCAACGUGAAGUCACAUCGAAUCUUAUUCACACCGAGGGCAUCGAGGUCGAGGAAACCCAAUGGUAAGUUGUCUUGAGUUUACUUUGUGUAUAUCGAUGUGGCAGAAAGGUUUAAUGGAUUAUUUUAAAGUAGUGAUCUUUGUUAACAUUAACUAGCCUGUUUUAAAGUAUUAUUCUUCAUAUUAUUGUCUUCAUAUUAAUUGGAUGACAUAUUGUGUGAUAUUGUUAUGAUCUUUCAGUUUCACACCAAUGAGAGUGGCCGUGGUAACCUGUAAGCCGACUUCGGACAAUUACAAAUUUGAACAUGUAAGUCUUUUUAAAUGAUUACUUUUUUGUCAUUUGAUAAAUGCUUUGAUUACGUUUAUGUUUUGGUAUAAAGUAGGUAAACAUAUGGAUUUAACAGUUGGAUUCUGAUAGUACAAGAGUUGUUUUUGUUGAAAAAAUAUGACAAAAGUUAUUAUAAACUAGUCUCUUAAGUUUUACGUUGUCUUUUCUGUUAGUACAUACAAUUAUAUAAUAGAAAUUGCAGGAAAUACCGUCCCAGAGCCAUGGAGAAGAGUUCGAAAUAGCGCUGGAAAAGCUGAUGAACAAGUUUGCCAAGACCAGAAUCGAUGUGAUCGAUAUUCUGAAUCGAAAAUCCGUAUCGGCCGCCGCUUCAGUCUCAUCGUCGAUCCAUCCCCCGGUCUCGACUUUCGGACCUUCUGGCCAGUUGGCUCCAUUCAGUAGCCAUUCAAGCCCAUUCCAUCCAUAUCACUACAAUGAUAUCCCGCAACAAAGAGUGGCACGAUAUCAGAAUGAGGAUAAGUUCUGGUCACCGUCCUUGGCCGUUCAAUGGUCAGGACACAACGAACCUGACACGACUUACAAUGCUGGAGUCGACAUCAUGACCCUGAUGCCACCUGCUGUCGACUCUACUCUCAAGUAUCAAUAG